GGCGGCGGCAGUGGCGGGGCGCGCCCGGCAGACGGAGCUGUGCGGGAGGGAGGCGGGAGCACCGGCGCGGUCCCGACAUCCCUGCGCAUCCCGCAGCCCCGCCGGGGAUGCCGCCGCCCGCCGGGCCCUGAGCGCCGGGACGCCGGCGGCCGCCGGCCCCGCUCCGCCGCUCCCCGACCCCGCCGGAGCCGCCGCCGGGACCAUGGAGGUCGUGGAGGCCAGCACCCUUCAGCAGGAGAGGCUGCAGGCCAUCGCGGAGAAGCGGAAGCGUCAGACGGAGAUCGAGAACAAAAGGCGGCAGCUCGAGGAUGACAGGCGGCAGCUGCAGCAUCUCAAGUCCAAGGCUCUGCGGGAGAGAUGGCUCCUGGAAGGGGCCCCAGCUUCUGCCACCGAGGAGGAAGAGGCCAUGAAGAAACAGAUGCAGGAGGAUGAGGUGAAGACCAAGGAGCUGGAGGAAACCAUCCAGAGGCUGGAGAAGGAGCUGGAGAUGCUGGAGAACAGCAGCUCAGUGGCUUCCACCAAGGAGAACCUGGCAGAGGCAGCAGGCAAGGAGGAGAAGAAGGCUGAGGCUGUCCCCAACACGCAGAAGAGUCCCCUGGGCACAGUUAAGGGUGGUCGUCUCUCCUCUCCAUCUCCAGCCAACAAGAGGGUCUCCAGCAGCCCCAUGAAGGCAGUGGAAGGCAGUGAGAUGAUGAAGGCGGCCAUGUACUCGGUGGAGAUCACGGUGGAGAAGGACAGAGUGACUGGGGAGACCAAGGUCCUGUCCAGCACCACCAUGCUCCCCCAGAACCACUGUCUGCAGGGGGUCAAAGUGUACGAGGAUGAGCUGAAAGUGGUGCACGCGGUGAGCGCCGAGGACGGGGCCCUGCAGAACGGGGCCCACCCCCUCAGCUCCUCCGAGGUCGACGAGCUCCUGCACAAGGCGGACGAGGCCACCCUGAGCGAAGCUGUCGGGCGCCAGACCCCAGCCAAGGCUGGCAAGGGGGGUGGCAGCGCCCCGGGCAGCCAGAAGCCGACGCCGCGACGGGAGAUCACGGGGCUGCAGGCGAAGGUGCCACCGGGCGAGGGGACAGAGCCCAGCCAGGAGCAACCCGUCACCAUGAUCUUCAUGGGCUACCAGAACGUGGAGGAUGAGAACGAGACCAAGAAGGUGCUGGGGCUGGAGGGGACCAUCAAGGCAGAGCUGGUGGUGAUUGAGGAUGCCGAGAGCAAGCCGGAGCCGGCACACAAGGACCACACGCCGCCCAACGGCACCGCCCUGGAGCCGGCGGCCGCCCAGCCGCUGGGCGAGGAGGGCGCGGGCGGGCAGAAGCCGGGUGCCAACGCCACAGAUGCCAAGGAGGCCGAGCAGGAGACAGACGUGAAGAAGCAGCGCUGCAAGUGCUGCACGGUGAUGUGAGCCCCCGCCGAGCCCCCUCCGCCCCGGCCCCCCCGGGCUCCCCCCCCACCGGACACAGCCCCUCUUUCUGCAGAACCGGGGAGAUCCAACGUGGUGCCAACGGGGCCGCAGCGGGCAGCGGCCAGCCCCAUCUGCCCGAUGCCAGCCCCGUGCCGCCCCCCACCAGCGCUGCCUGUGGUAUUUAUUAGUGACCCCCCUCGCCCCACGGUGCGCCCGCCCCAUCACAGCCCCGCCUCGUGCCCACCUGCCACCGGCAGCGGGGCCUUUCCCUCUGUCACCGACACCGUCCCACCCGCCGUGCCGUCGGAGGAUGGAGCCGCCGGGCAGGGGGUCGGAGGACGGCACCGUGUCCGUGGAUGACUCCCCGGGAGCCGCCACCAGCGGGACCCACUCUUGGCCCAGCCCACGGUGGGCAUCGGACCCAGCCCUGUGCCAGCCCCUCCUCUGUGCCUCCAUCAUCCGCUGUUCCAGCGGGGAAAGGCCUGGCUCUGCUGGCCGCUGGCUGCCCGUGGACAUCUCUGCUCCAUCCCGUGUCCUCGUCCCUGAGGUCCCCAAGCCCUCGAGGACAGGGCGUGUCCAGGCAAGGGCAUCGAGGGCAGCGUCCAUCCCUCCCUGUACUCGGCUGUGGUCAUGGCCAGGGCCACGUGGGGCUCCUGCAGGGUCAGCCCAGCCUGUCCCCAGGCCUGCUCUGCUCCUCCCGGGCUCAGCUCCACGUGCUGGAGCCCCUCACUCUGGUGCUGGCAGUGACAGCCAUUCCUCUGUCUCGGCUGCCAGCCGGUGCCACUGGGCUCUGCCAGCUGAGGGGGCUGAACUGUGCUGUGGGCAGCGCCCGUGUCCUCCUGGGGCAGUGCCAGCAGGGAAGGGCAACUUGGGGGGCCCAGCCUUGUGGGGCAGGAGUGGGGUGGGGGUCCUGUGCUUCCUUGUGGCAGCAGGAGUGUGGCCCAGCAUCCUGUUCCUUCCUGCCUCUGCUGCUCAGCAGCUUUGCAGAGCCACGUUCUGGGGUCCUGGGCUGCAGCUUUGGGGCCCCCAGGGGAGUGGGGCAGCCCAGUUCACCCCAGUACUGGCACUGGGAGCUGCCAGGGGUCUGGUGUCCCACAGAGGGCAGCCUCCCUGCUGCCCCACCCUGCACCCCAGCCCUUCAGUGGGGAUUUCACCACCAGCACCAGCGUUUUCUCCCCACUGAGACCAGCUGGGGCAGGCGGGAGUCCCCCAUGGUUUUUAGUCCCCAGUGCCCACAUCAGCUGCCCCUGAGCUGCAGCAGCUGGGCUGGCAGUGCUCACAUACUUGCCCAGGAGCUCUGGGCAGGGUGCAGCCACUAGUGAGGGAUCCUUGUUCAAGUGUGAGAGGGUUCCUUCUGCCGUGAGGCUGGGCAAGUCCCCAGGAUCCCCCAAAACGUGUGUGGAGCAGCAUCCAAGCUGCCCAGAACACUGGUGGUCGAGCAGCCAGGGACAGGGCUCAGCUCCCCCAAGGAUGGGCCUUCCUUCCCCCACACUCCCCCUGUGUGAGCAGUGACACCCCCUGUCCCCAUGACAUCCCCGUUGUCCCCCAGGUACCACCCAGGCUGCAGUUUUCCCCCCAGUAGAGUCAUUGCAGGACUGGGGGGGGGAGGGCUCGUGGUGCCACCCCUGUCCUGAGCCUCAGCCAGGCACCCACAGCCCCUGGGAGAGGCAGGGCUGGGGAAGGGGGGCUUUGGGAGGGUACUGCCAGGGGAAGGGGGGCCUCUCCUGCCCCGUCCACUGCUGGGCAUCGCUGGAGCCCCAUUGCUGCAGAGCAGGGCACGGGCUGGGUGCCACAGGGCAUCUGCCCCUGUAAUCCUGGGGGGAAUGUCACCUCUUGCCACCCCACAUCAGGGGCCAACACCACCCACCCAGUCCCACCCUGGGCCCUGCAAUCCCCCCAGCCCCAACCUGGGGCUCCCUCCCUCCCCCCCUUGGCACCCCCUGCCCCUCGGUUGGCUUUGACCCCCAGCCCAAUCCGGUCCCGGGGGUGGUGGGGAGCAGGACCAGGCCCCGGGCCGGGGCUGGGGUGUGAGAGGAGUGGGCGGUGGGCCUGGCAUCGUCCCCACCCCGCCCCACAGCCCCCCCUGCCCCUACCCAGCUCUGCUGAAGUGCACUUCCCGUGCCCCUGAGCUUUUCACUUGUGCCGAAGCCGUUUGAAUCCCCUUCCUUUUCCCAUCCCAUCCCAUCCCCACCCCGUUGUUUGUAAAACACCCAAACCGAGCAAAUAAAACUGUGUGAACAACCA